AUGACCAAGAAAGUUGGAAAAUGGAAAAGCAAAAAAAGCAAGGACAAAGUUUAUUACAAUAAGAAUGGAUUGGAUAAUAUAAAAAAAGGAAGGAAUAAAGAAAAUGGUUAUAAUAAUAUUGAGAAUAAUAAAGAAAAAAAAAAAAAGAAAGAUAAUAAUAAAUUUGUGAAAUAUAUAAAAAAUAAAAGUGAAGAAAAAUAUGUUGAUAGAAAUGAUUUAAAAAAGAAUAUUAUAAAAGGAAAAAAUGAUAUUAAUAAAAAUAAGAAUAAAAAAAAUAGUGGUAAGAUAAAAAAAGAAAGAAAUAAUAAUGAUAAAUAUUCAAUUCAAGUAAAAUAUAAAAAUAUUUUAAAUGAUGAGAAUUUAUCAAAAUCUAAAAAAAGAAAAUUAAUAAAAGAACAUCGAAAAAAAGAAUUGAUUGAAAAUUAUGAUUAUUAUAAAAAAUUAAAAAUACAUUUAAAUGAUUUAUUAAAAUCUAAAAAUGAUAAGGAAGAAAAAAAAAGGCAAGUAGGAAUAUUAUACAAUGAAUUAAAAAAAACAGAUAUAGACAAAUUUGCUCGUACUAAUUUAGGAUAUCAUAUAAUAACAUCAUUAAUAAUAUAUGGAAAUAAAGAUGAAUUAUAUAAUAAGUUAUUUAAAUAUUUUUAUGAUAAAUGUUUUAAUGAUAUAUGUACAUAUCAUUUUAUAUCCUUAAUAUUUCAAUGUUUUUAUAAUCAUGGUACUGAUAAUAUUAAAAAUGAUAUUUAUUUAUGGUUAUUAAAAAAUUUGAAAUCAUAUUUAAGUAAAUUUGGAUGUCGAUUAUGGCAUAUAGUUUUUAAAAAAUCAAAAAGUAGUUUAAGAUUAAGGAUGGUAAAUUCUUUAAUCAUGCCUAAUAUGAAUGAAAUAAAAAAUAUAUCAUCCGAAAUUUUAAAAAAACCAACAAAACAAAUGUUUGAAUCAUUUAGUGAGCAGAAUCAAAAAGCAUUAAAGAAAUAUAUAAUUGAAUUUAUUGAAAAUAUUGUAGAAAAAGAAAUGUUAUAUAAUAUGGUGUCACAUAAUAUUAUAUUAGUUGCAUGUGAAAUAUUAGAUGAAGAAGAAUUAAUAAAUCUAAUGGAUAUUAUUCAUGAAGGUUGUGAAUAUUUAAUUACAACAUAUCUUGGUAAUAAUGCUUUAAUUUAUUUAUUAGGAUAUAGUACAAAUAAACAUAAAAAAAUAUUAAUAAAAAUUUUAAAAAAUGAUAUAAUCGAUUUAUGUAAAAAUAGUGUUAAUUUCUUGUUAAUUAUUAGAUUAUUAAAAAUAACAGAUGAUACAAAAAUUUUAAAUGAAUUUAUUGUAAAAAAAAUUACAACCAAUUUGGAAGAUAUAUUAAAUGAUUAUUAUGGUUUUUAUGUUAUUCUUGAAUUUUUUUAUAAUAUUGAACAAGAUGAUAAAGAUAAAUUUUUAUAUGUUGAAUGGAAACAUUUAAUAUAUUCUAAAGCCCCUAAAAGUGUAAAAGACGGCGAAAAAAGAAAAAACGAAAUCAUUAAACCGAUAAUAGAUCAACUGCAAUUAAUAUUUAAAGAGAAAAAUAAAUUGAAUAAAUAUUUGAAAGAUAAAAAAUAUAUUGUGCUUAUAUAUGAAUAUUUAUCUCAUGCAGAAUUAUGUGAUGAAGUCUUAAAUAAUUUAUUCGGCAUAAUGGAACAGUGUAUCGAAGAUAUCAAAAAUGGAAGAAUACAAAAUGGGGAUGUGCAUAAUGAUAAUGAUAAAAAUAAUAAUAAUAACAUAAAUAUAAAUAAUGAUGAUGAUAAUAUUUCCUUAGUUUAUGUAAAAAAUAUUAUUGGAUUGUUUAUCAGAAUUUUUAAGUCAACCAAUAACACAAAUCUUGCUCAUAAAAUAAUAGAUAAUAAUAAGUUAUAUAAAAAAAUAACAGAUUUAUUCCUUUUAAAUUUGCAAAUAAUAUUAAAAUCGGAUUUUAUAAAACUAUUCAAUUCUUUAAUAUUAUUUCUUAAAGAAAAUGACAAUAAUAUAUAUGAACAAGUUAUAUCCACUGCAAGGUCUCUAAACAAUAAUGAUAUAUAUGAAGAGUUAAAGAAAACACUUCCCAAUGUUAAUCAUUUUUGUAAAUAUCUUGAAUUGGUUGUUUCUAAGGAAUAG